GACAUGAUGGUUUCAGUGUGAAAUUUUAUUUUCGAGUCCUUUAUUGGAGUAAAAGGACUCUUUUGUCAUCCGGUUAGUGUGUUCUGUGUGGUGCAGUGAUAGUUGAUUAUGAUGCGAUAAUUUUUUAACCAUGGAAGUUAAAGUUAUACGUUUAAAAGCCACUUCCUUGCAGAUAACCUUCUAGAGCUCGUAAAUGAAAAUCUCUUCGUCUACUAUUACGAAACCUCGCUUUUUUCCACAUCCUGCACUAGCGAUAGUAGCUUUUCUCCAAAUGACGAUAUCGACCAAUACUUUUCGCAUCAUGUAACGAAAUAGAACAAAAAAUCCGUGGAAUUGAUUAUCCUAAAGUGAAAAAAUAACAAUGGCGGAAGUUCUAGUGUACUAAAAUCUGUAUUAGGUACUAAAAAUUGAAUCAGCUGAAAAUGUUAUGGAAAAGUGUAGUUGCUAUUGCUCUCCUCGUUGUCCUGGCGGACACAGGGGAUGCAUGGCGGUCAAGCAGUUCAUCGUCCAAGAUGUCCAGCAAUGCAAACCAUCUAAAUAUCGGAUUAAUUGCUCCCCAUACAAAUUUUGGCAAACGGGAGUAUAUCAGGGCAAUCGGAUCAGCUGUUCAAGCUCUGCAAAAGCCUCGUGGGAUAAAGCUGACAUUCCUUAAGGACUAUGUUUUCCAAGCGGCUAACGUUCAUUUUGACAUGAUGUCGCUGACACCAAGUCCAACAGAUAUCCUCAACACGCUAUGCAAGGAAUUCUUACAGGCCAAUGUCUCCGCCAUUCUCUACAUGAUGAAUAACGAACAAUUCGGACGUAGUACAGCCUCCGCCCAGUACUUUCUCCAACUAGCCGGCUACUUGGGGCUUCCAGUGAUCUCCUGGAAUGCCGAUAACUCGGGUCUAGAGCGUCGCGCAUCCCAGUCUACGUUGCAACUCCAGUUGGCUCCAAGUAUAGAACAUCAGAGUGCAGCAAUGUUAAGUAUUCUCGAAAGAUACAAAUGGCAUCAAUUCUCGGUGGUCACAUCCCAGAUAGCUGGUCACGAUGAUUUCGUUCAAGCUGUCCGAGAGCGUGUCGCCGAGAUGCAGGAGCAUUUUAAAUUUACAAUUCUCAAUUCGAUUAUUGUGACGAAACCGAGCGAUCUAGUUGAGUUGGUGAACAGUGAAGCUCGUGUCAUGCUCCUUUAUGCUACACAAGGUGAAGCAAUCGAUAUACUUAGAGCGGCUGAAGAAUUGAAAAUAACUGGGGAGAACUAUGUGUGGGUUGUAACGCAAUCGGUCAUUGAGAAGAAGGACGCCCACCCGCAAUUCCCGGUGGGGAUGUUGGGCGUUCACUUCGAUACAAGUAGCCCGGCAUUGAUGAAUGAGAUAUCGAACGCGAUCAAGAUAUUCGCUUAUGGCGUGGAGAACUAUCUGAAUGAUCCUGCGAACCAGGGACGAAAGUUGAAUACACAACAUCUCUCCUGUGAGGAUGAAGGACAAGGACGAUGGGACAAUGGCGAAAUAUUCUUCAAGUAUUUGCGGAACGUCUCGAUUGAGGGUGAUACCAACAAGCCAAAUAUCGAAUUUACGGCUGAUGGUGAUCUCAAAUCGGCUGAACUGAAAAUCAUGAAUCUACGACCAAACGUGAAUAGUAAAAAUCUUGUUUGGGAGGAGAUCGGGGUCUGGAAAUCAUGGGAAACUCAAAAACUCGACAUCAGAGACAUUGCCUGGCCUGGUAAUUCCCACGCACCACCACAAGGAGUUCCAGAAAAAUUCCAUCUGAAAAUUACAUUCCUGGAAGAAGCUCCGUAUAUCAAUCUGUCUCCUGCAGACCCUAUCAGUGGCAAAUGCCUGAUGGACAGAGGAGUGUUAUGCCGAGUUGCAGCCGAUCAUGAAAUGGCUGACAUCGAUAUGGGACAGGCUCAUCGUAAUGGCUCGUUCUAUCAGUGCUGCAGUGGAUUUUGUAUAGAUUUAUUGGAGAAGUUUGCUGAAGAACUUGGUUUCACCUACGAACUGGUGCGUGUAGAGGAUGGCAAGUGGGGAACUCUGGAAAACGGCAAGUGGAAUGGACUCAUUGCGGAUCUGGUUAAUCGGAAGACAGAUAUGGUACUCACUUCUCUCAUGAUCAAUGCUGAACGGGAAGCUGUUGUUGAUUUCAGUGAGCCUUUCAUGGAAACAGGUAUUGCAAUUGUCGUUGCCAAACGAACUGGGAUUAUAUCACCGACAGCAUUUUUGGAACCUUUUGAUACCGCUUCUUGGAUGUUGGUAGCUAUCGUCGCUAUCCACGCUGCAACUUUCAUGAUAUUCCUAUUCGAAUGGCUCUCACCAAGUGGAUUUGACAUGAAACUUUCACUGAAAACAGGAUCAGUGAUUCCCUAUCGAUUUUCCCUGUUCCGGACAUAUUGGUUGGUUUGGGCAGUCCUCUUCCAAGCAGCUGUUCAUGUGGAUUCACCUCGCGGUUUCACGGCGCGCUUCAUGACAAAUGUUUGGGCCUUAUUCGCUGUGGUAUUCCUGGCUAUAUACACUGCCAACCUAGCCGCCUUCAUGAUAACUCGAGAAGAAUUCCAUGAAUUCACUGGAUUAGAUGACUCCCGACUUGCCCGACCUCAUUCCCACAAACCUACCUUCAAAUUUGGAACCAUUCCGUGGAGUCACACGGAUUCAACUAUCUCAAAAUACUUUAAGGAAAUGCACUUUUACAUGAGAGAAUACAAUAAAACCAGCGUGGCGGAGGGAGUAGCAUCAGUUUUGAGUGGGGGAUUGGAUGCAUUCAUCUAUGAUGGGACUGUACUGGACUACUUGGUUGCUCAAGAUGAAGAUUGUAGACUGCUAACUGUUGGAAGCUGGUAUGCAAUGACAGGAUAUGGUCUAGCUUUCAGCAGAAACUCAAAGUACGUCCAAAUGUUCAACAAACGCUUACUUGAGUUCAGAGCAAACGGCGACCUAGAACGUCUGAGACGUUAUUGGAUGACAGGAACUUGCCGUCCUGGCAAACAGGAACACAAAUCCUCAGACCCUCUAGCCUUGGAGCAGUUCUUGUCUGCAUUCCUAUUGCUAAUGGCUGGUAUCCUGUUCGCAGCACUACUACUACUCCUUGAGCAUGUCUACUUCAAGUACUUCCGAAAGCGUCUGGCGAAAUCGGACCACGGAGGGUGCUGCGCCCUAAUCUCGCUCUCUAUGGGCAAAAGCCUAACCUUCAGAGGAGCCGUUUUCGAAGCUCAGGAAAUUCUCAAAACCCAUCGAUGCACUGAUCCCAUUUGCGACACUCAUCUUUGGAAAGUUAAGCAUGAGCUGGACAUGGCCCGACUAAGGAUAAGACAACUUGAGAAAACCAUGGACAAACACGGGAUCAAACCACCACAAAUAAAGCUCUUGUCAGCAUCGGACCUCAUCAACCAUGACUAUAAGGAGCGUCCUCCAUUACUCGGGAACCUGAGCAUUGGGGGCAGUGCCCAAGACUUAUAUCGAUGUUUUUUCAGGUCCUAUAAAACGGAAAUAGCGGAAAUGGAAACGGUCCUAUAAAAUACCAAACCGCCAUUACCACAUUUUGUAACCAUUUUACUAUUCGAACGGAUCCUUACGGAACUACGGAAUUUAAUUGAAUUGAACGAGUCUAUCUGAAUUUGUUGUUAAAAUAUUUGUUGAAUGUAGAUCUGAAACUGUUAACAAUAAAUAAUAAAUGAUAUGUGGCGUGUUGGAUACUGGGAAACAAAAAUAUAAAAUUCUAAACCAAAGUAUUAGACGAAAUGAGUAAAAAUAUCAAUGUUAUAAUAAGUGUCAAUUUAAAAAAAGAUAAAAAGCUAAAAAACCUUUCCAGCUGUUACGAAUAAUACGAAAAAAAUCUAAAAUAAACAUCAAUGGGUUCAUUGAAAUAAAAGAGAAAAUUAUUAAUAAUCAAAACUUUUGUUAAGUUUCAGAUUUACAGGAUUUAUGACUCCAUUGAGGAGCGAAACGAUCUAUACUCAGUAUUACCUUCUGUUGCUCGAACUGAUGUUAAAAGAUUUAUUUAAAAUUACUCGAAUUUCCUCAGAGACGAGUUGGGAGGUUAAUGUUAACAUAGAAUUUAGAAAACACAAAAUGAAAGCAUAGGUUUUUAUCGGAAUUGCUGCCAAACAAUUUUAAUAUGAAUAUGUAUUAGAUAUCAAAUAGCGUCGAGUCAUUCAGUACACAUGAGUGUAACCAAAAUAAAUGUGGAAGAAAUAAUAAUUGGAAUUAUAUACGUAAAUGUUAGUCAAAA